CCCCCCUCUGCUUGCUUCAUUUGGCAUCUGGUCAGCAACUCUGUCGUUCACUGUCGCCCUUACCAUUUGUUGACAGCAACCGCAUCAAGACCCCCCUCCGCGCCCCGCGUCAACGGCCUCUCUCAGACAGGCAUUAUGGCCACUCUCAGCUCAAGUCUCGCUCGUGCUGACGUGGCACUGACAGAGGCUGCCCUCGCGGCCACGUGCUCGCACCGCUCCGCCUUCUCCUCCUUCUCUGGUCUGCGCGCUGCUCCACAGGGCACCGCCGCGCCUCAACUGUCGCAGGGGGCGUGUGCAGCACGCCGAGCUGUCGUGAGGGCCGCCACCACUGUAGCGCCCACGUUCACGGGGCUGAGGCCGCUGGGCGACCGCGUGCUGGUGCGGAUCCAGGAGGUGGAGGAGCGCACGACGGGCGGCAUCCUGCUGCCCACGUCGUCGCAGACCAAGCCGCAGGGCGGCACCGUCGUGGCCGUCGGCUCUGGCAGGACCCUGGGCGACAAGAAGGUCGCCGUCGACGUCCCCGAGGGCGGCAGCAUCGUGUACAGCAAGUACGCGGGCGUGGAGCUGGACUUCAACGGCGCGCCGCACCUGCUGCUCAAGGAGGACGACAUCGUGGGCGUGCUGGCCACGGACGACAUCGCGGACCUCAAGCCGCUCAACGACCGCGUCCUCAUUAAGGUGGUGGAGACGGAGUCCAAGACGGCGGGCGGAGUGCUGCUCACGGAGAGCGCCAAGGAGAAGCCAGUCGUCGGCGCCGUGAUCGCUGUCGGCCCUGGGGCCCUGGGCGAGGAUGGGUCGAGGAAGCCUGUGGACAUUGCAGAGGGUGCCACUGUGCUCUAUGCCAAGUUCGCGGGCAAUGAAUUCAAGGGCAAGGAUGGCUCGCCCUAUGUGGUGCUCAGGUCGUCCGAUGUCAUGGCUGUGCUCUCUUAGGACUUAGGCUCGCUGGAUUGCAAAUUGCAGAGUGGAGUGGAGGAUGCUAUAACCAAAUGCCCUACACAGGUUCUGACAGGUCCAGUGAUCCAAUCCAACAGCAGCACGAGUGGUGAGGUGAUAUAGAAACAACAAAAAGUGAAAGCAACA